AUGUUAUCUUUAAAUGAUGCUGCUCAUAAUGCUGAACAAUAUUCAGCUUUUGUUGAACGACAUAUGGAUGCACGUCGACAACGUAUUGAACAACUUGAUGCUUUUGUUCGUCAUCGACUUCGUCUAUAUCGACAAGCGCAAGAACAUGUUCAACGACAAACAACAAAUAAAAUUGUCGAAGCAACUACUUUACCGCCACCGCCACCACCAGAUAAUACUAUUGUCGUUUUAUCACAACGAUCUUCAACACCAAUUCUUGAAAAAUCAUCAUCAUUUCAUAAUCCAAUUGAAAUGACAAAUCGUGUUCGUCUUAGUAAACAACGUUUAGCAUCAAAACAACUUAGUCAACCUGUUAAUACUUCGUCUACUGAUGAUACACCAAUUGUUGGAACUUGGCUUAAUCCUGCACCAGCAACAAUAACAGAUAAUGAUGAACAACAAUGCCCUUCAUCAGAAAAUACAUUGCGUCGAUCAAUGAGUGAAAAUCGUCUUUCGUCAUUUGCACUUAAAGCAUUGACUGAUUCAUUAACUGAUGGUUUAACCAAUGUUGAAAAUCGAAAACGUCUUCAAGCAACACGUGCUUUAUUUAUGACUAUUGAGCGACGGCAAGUUAAAGAGGCUUCACUUUUAAAUAAACAAAAUAAAGAAAUGCAACGUCUUGUGGAACUUAAAGAAGCUGAACGUUUACAUCAAGAAGAAUCCUUAGAACAAAAACAAGUACCGACAAUUCAUACUAUUUCAGAUGAACCUGUUAUUGAUGUUAAUAGUAUUGAUCCAAAACAAUUAGUUCGUAUUCGUCAACAACGUAUUCAUGAACAAAAACGACGAGAACUCGAACGAUACAUUCGAGCACUAAAAACAUCAUUAAGAGAACGUUGUUCAAAACGUAAUAUUAAUGUACCAACAUUAUGUUCAUGUCAUUCAACGAUUUGGGAUGCUGAUCCAAUGACAUGUUCACGAAAUUGUUCAUUUUAUCGAAAUCCUGCUGGUAAUCUAACAAAUUUUUAUUUGAUUUAA